AUGUCUGGGUAUCUACAAUCCUUCUGCCAGCUAUUUUGCUCGAUUAUUCUAAUUUUAUCUUUGAGAUUCAUCUAUAAAAAUUACUUAUUACCUUAUUGGCGUAUCAAAAGAUUGGGCAUACCAGUUGCUCCUCCGAAACCAAUAAUAGGUAACAAUUUCGAUUAUGGCUCGGGUAAUCAGCAUCUUGCACAGCUUAAGAGACAAGAAAAGUACGGUAGUAUAUGCGGAACACUCUUUUAUCAUAUACCAACUAUAUGGGUUGGAGAUCCCGAAAUAUUGAAAGUCAUUACUGUUAGUGACUUCUCAACCUUUCCAAAUCGUUAUGAUCUCAACGAACCAAGGCCUCCGUUCGACAAAGCGAUCAUUCAACUCAAAAAUCAAGACUGGAAGCGCGUUAGAAAUAUCCUAAUUCCAACUUUUAGUGCUUCCAAGUUAAAAUCGCUUAUGCCAAUUCUAAAUGAUGCCGGAAAUGAUUUAACUGUAACUCUGUCUAAAGCUGAUCAGGAAGGCCGACCAAUUGAUAUAUGGCGUACAUGUGGUGUGUUUACAAUGAAAGUAACACUCGCUACGGUGUUCGGCUUAGAAAUGGAUUCAAAAGAACAAGAAAAAAAAAUGACAGAAGCUGCUAGCAUGUUCUUUCGUGAUAUUACUGGUGUAGUACAGUUUCUUUUUAUCUAUCUUAUGCCCCUAGUUGGUCUAAUUGAGCCAUUAUUAGGUGGCAAAAUUAUUGAAUCAGUACGCUAUUUACUUAAAACCGUUGAAAAUGUUAUCCAAGAACGCCGAGAAAAUAUUAAAGCAGGCAUUCCUUGUCGUAAAGAUAUCUUACAGCAGAUGAUUGAAGCCGGUGAUGAUGAUAAAUUAAACGAUGCCGAAAUCCUUGCUCAAGCUAUUACAUUUCUUGUUGCAGGUUAUGAUACCACUGCAAAUACGCUAGGAUUUACUUGCUAUCUUCUCGCUACUCAUCCUGAGAUACAGAAAAAAUUAAGAGAUGAGAUUGACGCAAAAUGCCCAGAUUUGGAUUCGAUUGAGUAUGAUACCCUCCAUGAUCUUCCUUAUAUGGACAUGAUAAUAUCCGAAACGUUAAGACUUUACCCUACUGCAUUUUUUCUCAAUCGAGACAUAAAAAAGGAUACUACAAUUAAUGGUGUACAUUUUACCAAAGAUCUUAUGAUUGGUAUCCCUGUUUAUGCUAUACAUCAUAAUCCUAAGAUAUGGUCUAACCCGGAAGAAUUCAUACCGGAAAGAUUUUCGCCGAAAGAAAAGGCAAAGCAUGCACCUUGUAGUUUCCUGCCGUUCGGCAAUGGCCCUCGUAACUGUGUUGGAAUGCGAUUGGCCUUAUUAGAAGCAAAACUUGCUCUAGUUAAAAUUAUGCAAAAGUUUGAAAUGAGAGCAGUACCGGAAACAGAAAUACCUCUAACUUUGCGUAGUGGAAAUACAAUCUCUCCUAUUAAUGGAGUAGUUGUUGGAGUAAGUAGAAGGCGAUAA